AUGUUUAGGUUGUGGGAUAUACUAAGAAAAAGAUGGCCCCUAGUUCCCGGUAGCGGUACUAUUCCUGGCCACGGUAGCGGCCAUGGUAACGGCACUGCGAGGGGUGCUAAUAAUCUCCGCGCUACGGAUCGCUACCACCAACUGGACCUGGCGACGUACAACGGACGAACGCUUAGACUCGAAGACCACCUAGUCGAACUGGAGGUAGAAUUGGAAAAAAUCCGUUGGCACGUAUUAGGGUUGUGCGAGGUCCGAAGACAAGGGGAAGACACCAUGACUCUGCCAUCGGGUCACCUUUUCUACUUCCGAGAGGGAGAUCAUACAUCCCGGGGCGGCGUGGGAUUCCUCGUCAACAAAUCUCUCGUUGACAACGUUGUCGAGAUCUCGAGUGUGUCGGAGAGGGUAGCGUACCUUGUUUUGAGACUCACCGAUAGGUAUUCUCUCAAUAUAGUACAAGUGUACGCACCAACCUCGACACAUUCCGAUGACCAAAUGGAGACCAUGUACGAAGACGUCUCCAAGGUCUUAAAUACAACCCCUAAGACCCACUUCAAUGUUGUCAUGGGAGAUUUUAACUCCAAAGUAGGAGUACGAGCUAGCGGCGAGUCUUGCUUGGGACAGCACGGUGUUGGGAUUCGAAACCGCAGGGGGCAAAUGCUGGUCAACUUUUUCGAAAAAGAGGGGCUCUUCUUGAUGAAUUCCUUCUUCAAAAAGAUGCCCCAAAGAAAGUGGACAUGGCGAAGCCCUGACUCUGUGGUAAGGAACGAGAUAGAUUUCAUCAUUACGGAUCGGAAGUAUAUAUUUAGGGAUGUCUCUGUGAUCAAUAGGUUCAAUACCGGUAGCGUUCACCGACUACUGCGAGGAUCCUUGAGUGUAUGCUUCAAACUCGAAAGAGCCCAUAUGCUGAGGUCUACUCUCCGACCCAACUCCCAAUAA